CUCUCCACCCCGCCUCACGAAUCACUCACACUUCAAUUCAAUUCGCUUCUCAAGAGUAACACUUGGUUGUUCUUCUUCACAAUGGCCAUUAGAAAAUCCAAUAAGCUACCCCAAACAGAAGUUAUCAAGCAAAUUGUUAGAAGGUGCUCGAGCUUCGGGAAGAAACAAGGUUACAACGAAGAGGGUCUUCCAGAAGACGUGCCAAAAGGGCACUUUGCAGUGUAUGUUGGUGAAAACAGGACAAGAUAUAUUGUCCCAAUUUCGUGGCUGGCUCAUCCACAGUUUCAAACUCUUCUCCAUAGAGCUGAGGAGGAGUUUGGCUUCAAUCAUGACAUGGGUCUCACUAUCCCAUGUGAUGAAGUUGUUUUUCAGCUUCUUACCUCAAUGAUUAGAUGAGAUAUUAAGAUGGAAAGUUUCGACUUAACUCAAUAUCUUACAAAGUCUGAAUCAGUUUGUAAGAUGAAUGUUAUCAUCUAUCUAUAUAUUUUUUUUGUCUGUCUUAUCUACUUGGAUAUGACAUGCAUUUUCAUCACUCGUCAUGAGGAGAGGCAACAACAUAAAAGCCCCUUAAUUGUCAAGUGCCAAUUCUAAGGAACCAAUAACAUUUUUCACUUUUGGUAUUGUAAUUGUAUA